AUGAAAUUGUUGUAUGACAUGAAACGGUUGUUUUCUAAUUGUUGUGGACCACAUGGAAAAAUUAUUCUCGUCGGAAAGAAGUCUCAACGCGAUUCGGAUGAGAUUUGUAUGACUUGUUGUUCUUUUGGAAUUUUAAAUUUUGAUUUAUUAGAUUUUAAUGCAACGGAUGAAGAAAUUGUGUUUGCAAAAACCAUCAAAAGUUUUCUAAAAUCACAUAAUUUUCAAUAUGGUUUUUAUGGAAGCACAUUUGGAUUGCUCACAUGCAUCAUGUACAUGUUACUCAAAGAAGAUUGUGAAAAUUAUUCUUUAUUCAAGUUAAAUUAUUUACUGCAACAUUUGAUACCUGGGUGGACGAAUGAAUUUUUUGAUCGACAACAAAUUCCUGUGCAAGCGCUCACAUUGAAGAUCCUUCUGCCCAUUGUCAAAACCAAAUGGCUUGGAAACAAAUUAUUAAGGCUCAAUUCUCAUCAGGUGGAUUUUUUAAGCGCUCUUUCUGUUCGAAUUUUCUCUCAAGUAAUGUUACCGAAAAUGGGUUCAUCAUAUUUUGGAAGAAAAAACGAUAUAAAUUAUGUGCUAUUGUAUGGAGAAGGAAUAACGUAUGAAGAUAGUGUGUUGAAAAAAGGGCUAAUUCUAAAUAUUCCUUUUCCUGAUAUUGUAAAAUCUUUCACACAAUCUGAAACCAUUCAAAAUAAGCGGAUUAUAGUAUUCAAAGAAUCCAUUCUACUCAAUUUACCAAAGAGUGAAGAAGAAUAUACAGAAAGCAAUAUUGGAGCAAUGAUUAAGCUGAAAUCUUCAGGUGAAGGAAAUACUCUUAAAAUUGUUAAAGAGAGAAUCAAUGAGUGGAAACAAAUGGGCAUUGAGGUUGUCGCAUGCCAAAAAUUGAUCGAUAAGCCAAUUCAGCUCCUCUUGUUGAAGAAUGGCAUUAUACCUGUUGAGAGAAUUUCACAAUUUUACAUGGAUGAUGUCAUCCGACUGACCGGUGCUUCUCCUCUUACCUCCAUUGUUUUUCCUUUGCAUGAAUCAGAUAUUGGACAUGUCACUGAAAUAUCAGAAAUUCAAGUUAUGGGACGCAGUUGUAUCUAUUUCACAAACGAAAACAUUGAAUCAGAGGUGUAUUCUGUAUUACUCUGUUCUCCAUCACAUUCGCAAUCCUAUGAGUUAGAACAGAUCAUGAGAAAUACACAAACAGGUCUCAAAUUACUUGUUUCACAGUCUCACGUUGUGGCUGGCUCUGGUGUGACAGAGUUUUUGCUAGCUCAAUAUUUCGAAGAGCGCUCUUCGGAUCAAUCGGGACUUUUAUCACUUCUCUCCUUGAAUAGGGAAGUGGAGCUUAUCACGAGAAGCUUACAAAUGCUGAGUAAAACCAUUGCUCAAAAAGAAUCAUCAAACAUGAUGUUAGAGGAAUACAUCUCGUGCAUGAAACAGAAGAAUCAUGAUAUUGUGAGCUCUCUCCUGCCGUCCAAGCAAGCUCUCGUCGUCAAGCCCAUCUAUUCAUGUUAUUCCUUGUUUUCUCAGGUGAGCGAGACAGAAGUUAUGGAAGUUUUGAAAUAUUCUAUCGAAGUUGAUCGUCAAACACAAAUGAUGGAAUACAAUAUUGAGUCACCACCACAUGAAAAGGAGGAAAGGAACACCAUUUUAGACAUUGCUUUCGCAAAGAAGCAAGCCAUAUCUUCUGCUUUUCAAUGUUUUCACACCCUCAUGCAAUCAACACCCAAUUUCAAACAGUGA